AUGUCCGCCCAAGCUGCUGCUGGCCAACAUGGCCGGCUGGACGAGCCUCAAUGCUACAACUGCGGUGCCGUGGGUCACUGGGCCGUCGCGUGCCCAGAGCCUACCAGAGAAACUCCAGCCGGGCUCGCUGCUUGGAGGAGCUCAUCCAACCCCGGUCAGCAGAAUCCGAAAGGCCCAGGCGCUGGCUGCAAUAACAAAAGAUCAAAGGGGCCCCUUAUUACCAAAUACCCUCCCCCUCAGCCUCCGUUCGUCCCCGGACUGAGCCACGUGCCUCCGCCUCCUCCUCCUCCUCCUCCUCCUCCUCAUCCUCCUCAUCCUCCUCAUCCGCCGGCGCCUCAUUCUUCUCAUUCUCAUUCGCAUCCUCCUCCUCCUCCUCUUCCACCCCCUUCGCCUUAUUCGGCGCAGUCGCCGUCAUUCCCAGCCUACACUCAUCCCCUUCCAACGCCUGCUUAUAAUGGCUCCUUUCCGACUCCGUACGCCUAUCCUCCUCAGCAGUACUCACCACCACCACCUCCCCAUGGCUCAUCUCUCUUUGCUCCGCCGGCUUACUCGGGUCCACCGCCCCCUCUUAAGCCGCCUUCCGGACAGCACUUCCCUGCAAGUCGAGUUGAUGUACAGGAUUAUCGGCCACCGCCUCCGGCCCAUAACCAGGCAUACUCUCGCUCGCCACCACCACACGCCUCGCCCCCGGCCGUCACCAUCCCACCGCAUCAAAAUCGAUCGGACCCGCGUUCAAGCGCGGGCCUUGCUAAGCCUCCUAGCUUACCACCGAAACCCCCGGCAGGAAGAGUCUCACAUCCUCUUCCACCUAAACCCCCCAGGAGCCACGAUCAGAUCAAUCCGCAGCAAGAACACAGAAACAAGCGCAAGAAUGACCGUCAUCACAAGGGAAGAGACAGAAGACCAUCCAACGAACAUCGUAACCAGAGUAACUGGAGCUCCUUCGCUCACAGUACCGACCAUGUCCAUUAUUCUCCUGAACAUCGUAGGUCGAGUAGUUUGCGCAAGGGUCAACGGCAGAAUCAGAACAGCUCUGGCUCGAAGAAACAACCACCUACGGCGAGCUGUGCCGACCGGUCAUCAGCAGUUGCCAUGAGGAAGGAGGAAGCGGGCACCCGAAGGCGUUCCUACGAUCUGUCACCUCGGAGCAUGGCUGCUGCAACGCUCGACUGCGGACGCGCCGACGACAAGAAGCGUUCGCCAAGGCUGCCCGCCUCUCAUUCCAACGGCACUUCCUCUGGCUCAGCGGGCGUAGGAAUCGCGCCGGACAGUGCCAAAGGCCCCAAGUUUGCCCAUGCCUACAUGCCGGCCGAAAACUCGGACAAUUCUGAUGCGCAGUCACUGUCAGAUGCGCAAGGAUGGGGCGGCAAACGUGAGGGCGGCCAAGAAAACGAGGACGAUGAAAGACGGCCAAAACGACCAAGGAUGGACGAUUCCCCGAGAGAAGACAAGAGUAGAGCGAAGCCGGAGGACCAAGAAUGCCCGUGGAGUAAAAUCCAAGUGCCGCGCGAGGCCGAGAGGAUGCAGCAGGCCGACAGGGUCCGCGCAGGAGCCAGACGGCAAGCAUCCCCAGCAUCCCCAGCUUCUCAGGCGUCUAGGCAUUCCUCGCCCUCGGCACAGUCGUCGGACCUGAACUCGUUGGAAGCCGAGCUCCUGGGCCGCCCCGUCAAGCAAAAGUCUCCGGGCAAAGCAAACCCACGCCGCGACUCGGAAACGCAUCAAGGCCGGACCAAGCCGCGGCGGCGGCGGACAAAUACCAAUUCCGCAUAUAGCCGACGAUGGUGA